AUGUCGGAAAAGGGGCCAAAAAGGGCGACUCAAGACGGUAGUGUCCCCUCACUCCUAGAUCUUACAACGGAAAACAUCACACCCAACACGAUUCGGAUCAAUUCGCAAGGAAAUAAUGCGCGGGUCACAUACCUUGCGUCGCGGCUCGUAACACAUCUGCACGACUUUGCUCGAGAAACGAGGCUGAGCACGGAAGAAUGGAUGGCCGCAUUGGAUUUCCUGGUUAGAUGUGGGCAGAUCAGCAGCGAUGUCCGACAUGAGUUCAUCUUGCUCUCCGACGUCCUGGGUCUCUCCAUGUUAGUCGACAGCAUCAACCACCCCAAGCCGGCUGCGUCGACGGAAGGAUCCGUCUUGGGCCCCUUCCACACACAUGACGCACCCACGCUGCUGAACGGAGGCAUCAUGUCAGACGAUGAGGCCGGCGUGAGCAUCGACAUCUGGGAAACAGACAGCUCAGGUCACUAUGACGUGCAGCGACAAGACAGGGAGGCGCCGAGCGAGCGGUGUGUCAUGACCUCUGACGAAGAGGGUCGUUUUUGGUUUCGCGGCAUCAAGCCUGUGAGCUACCCUAUCCCACACGACGGGCCCGUGGGCAAGCUGGUCCAGUUACUGGGACGACACUGUUGGAGACCAGCGCACAUGCACUUCAUGUUUGCCAAAGCAGGGUGGGAUCAAUUGACCACGGCUUUGUUCAUCCGCGGGGAUCCUUACGAAUCCUCGGACGCCGUCUUUGGCGUCAAAAAGAGUCUGGUUGUGAGCCUUGACAAGGUGGACGAGGUGACGAGCAGCGAAUUCGAGGUCCAAGAAGGCACAUGGCUUUUGCGGUAUGACUUUGUGCUCGUAUCUGAAGAGGAGACGCUCGCUCUGCGGGAUCAUAAUGCUGUGGCGGCAUUGCGAGAUCUGGGCUUGACGCACUUGAAGUUGGUGGAUCACCUGCCGGUUCCUGAACUCGAUUAG